GCUCAAAACUCUCAAUAACUGCUGUAUCAGAUGCCUUGUAAUAUGUCCCAGAAAAAAAGACACAAGGGUAAUGAUGGCAACAGAAAAUAGUUGUGUGUAACCUGGACAAAAUGUCAUUGCAUCACACACCGCACAAUUUGGACAUUGGAUUUAAACAUUUUCUGAGCUCAAAAUUAUCAAACAGAUCAACAAUGACCGCUGUCAUUCUGUGGCACAGUGAUGCAAAUGGGAGCUGAGAUGUCAUAUACAACCAAAAGUUGGUCUUCUUCGCUAACGUUCAACAGCAUUUUGGCGAUGGCAGCCUUAGCAAAUUUAGUUUGGUCCUGGCUCAUUCGCCCAACAGUUCCUGAAAGGGAAAAUUUUCAAAGAAACCCGUUACCCGAAGUGUGUCAUUUACAUAUGUCUGAUGAGGAUCUCGCGGAACACUCUGUUUUUGUCAUAGGAGAUAUUCACGGCUGUCUCGAAGAAUUGUGCGAGCUCAUGAAAGCUGCAGAGGAAUUUGAAAAUAAUAUAUUGUUCGUGUCGGUCGGUGACCUGGUGAAUCGGGGUCCCGACAGUGUCGGCGUUGUCCGAAAACUACGAAACAUGGGCGACCGCGUACUAGCCAUCCGAGGAAACCAUGAUGAAAGUUCAAUUCGUGAAGCGAGGCACUUUCGAGAUGAUCCGAACUAUGAACUGUCCGAAAAAUAUGCAUGGAUCAAGAAUCUCACUGAGGCGGACUUCCGUUACGUAAAUUCGUUACCUUACACGAUAUCGCUACCUACGCUUAACUCAGUGAUCGUCCAUGGUGGGUUGUUACCAGGUGUGUCUCUAGAGAAUCAAAAGCUAAACGAUAUGACAAAUAUGAGAAACAUAGAGAUCAACGAAGAUCCAUUCGUAGGUGAAACCCUCGUGGCGUCCAACAAACACAGCGAAGGUGAGCCGUGGGUUGACCUUUGGGCGGGACCCGAGCACGUUUAUUUCGGGCACGACGCACGCCGGAAGCUCCAGAGAGCACGCUUUGCGACUGGUUUGGACACCGGUUGUUGUCAUGGCGGUCAGCUGACCGGUGUCUUCAUCAACGGACCACACUCGCAAACAUUUCUGAAUGUACAGUCCAAACAACCUAUCCGGGUGGAUUAAGUUUUAUGUACGUACUUACCGCAAUUAUGUGUACGAUAUAUGUGACGAUGUGUAUGAUAUAUGUGUCGUGUUGUAUGAUUCAUAGUGUAAUUGUUUGAUUGACAUAUGCUUGGAUGUUUAAAUUCAAUGUACUGUAUUAACCUUGUAUUAAUAAAAAUAUGCUCUUUUACUGACA